AUAUAUAUAUGAAUGCAUGUGUUUAUCGAAUUAUUCAUUAAUUCGGUUAUUUAUUAAUUAGAGCAUUAGUUUAGUUACGGAACAGCUUAUCCCGGCCUUUCUCGGGUUUAGUUGCUGUUGCUUGACCGCGACGAUUGACACCAGAGUUUGUUAUGGUCGUAUUGUCGUCGUAUAAUCGUGUUAUUGCUGUUAACGUACUUUAUUUAUAUCUAUUAAGAUGCAACAGCAUUAUUUAUUUUCCGGAAUAUCGUUAGCGUUGUUCCUGCUAAUAAGACGGAAGACGUUUGAAAUUAGCACCUGUGUCAAUCGUCAAACGGUUGACAGUGGGCACUAAAGUACAAUAAAUGGUAGGAGCAAAAACGCGAUGGCUGUUACUGAUUUGCAAAAUGAAACCAACAGCCAUUUUACAUGUUUUAUCUUAAACAAGCAUUGCACCUGAAAGCUACCAAAGCAAAUGUGUAUUUCGUACCUCCUGAUUUGUGAUAGAAUAAAAGGUACAGUUCCAUUAAAACAGUCGACCGAUUGAUUGAUCCAAAGUUUGAAACGUUUGUGUGGCUUGUGCUGUGUUUGUGAAAUUGGUGUUGUGAAAAUUAAGUGUGAAAAUGAUGAAAAGAAAGCGUGAAACAGGCUCCUCUUAUAAAAUUGCUCAAGCCGAUAACAAAAAGCUUGAGGCCGAGUUAUUUGGCGAAAGUAGUUCUUUUGGGAUGAGCAGCAACCCAUCAGCAAUUAAUGAAGAGGACAUUUGUGUGCAUGAUCUUCUCGUAUGUGGUCCUCAAGAUAUUGAUCAAGAAGAACACAACUAUGAUUGGAUAAAUAUCGAAGAGAUUGACAACAAUGAAGACUGCGAAAUUAUCAACGAUGACGUAUCCGAGAUAACGUUGGAAAAUGCACCGGAUUCCCCAAAGGAAGAUGAGCCAAUUGAGGAAGUUAUUAGAAACUGGGCUCUAAAAACAUAUCAGACGCACCAAGCACUCAACAGUUUAUUGGCUAUUUUGCAUGCACGAACCGAAUUUAACCUACCAAAAGAUGCGCGUACGCUACUUAGAACAAAGCAGUGUGGAAAGGAAAUAGUACCGAUAGCUGGAGGAGAGUUUUGGUAUCCGGGAGUACGAUCGGUUCUCCACAACUAUUUCCGGUGAGUAAACAAUAAUAUUGUUUUAUUCAGGAGCAGGCCGUAUUGUUUAACAAGGCUGUUAAAAAUGACAAAAUCUAAUGCUUUUUUUUCUAUUUGCAGUGAUGUACAACCAACAGUAAAUGAGUUUUCUUUAAAUUUCUUUAUUGAUGGACUACCGUUGCACAAGAGCACCCGAAAACAGUUUUGGCCAAUACUGAUGAGCAUUCACGAAAUGCCAGAAGUUCCUGUGUUGAUGGUUGGCAAUUUUUAUGGGCAAUCUAAACCGAAGAGUUUAGAUGAAUACCUUCGUCCACUCGUGGAGGAGCUCAAUGAGUUGAUAGAUAAUGGUAUAAAAAUAGCCAAAAAGACCAUCAAAAUAAUUAUUAGAGCAUUUAUCGCAGACGCACCUGCACGAGCGUUCAUAAAAGGUGUUGCCUAUUUCAAUCAUAAACUGGGAUGUCAGAGAUGUACAGUCGAAGGACAAUUUAAUAAAAAAGCUCGAGUGAUGUAUUUUUCGAAGAUAGACGCACCAAGAAGAACGGAUGAAGAGUUUCGUGGCGAAAAGUAUGGUGACCACCACCGAGAAAGAACACCUCUACUGCAUCUAAAGACAAUCGACAUCAUUCGAAAUAUUAUUAUCGCGGAUGUAUUGCAUUUGAUAGACUUUGGAAUAUCACGAACAUUAAUCGUCGGAUGGAAAUCAGGAAAGCUAAUAGGGCGCAGUUGGUCAUCGGAAACGCUGAAUUACAUAAAUUCGCUACUUCAAAAGGUGGAAAUUCCGCCUGAAUAUCAUCGCAAAUUCCGUCGAAUUGAAGACACUGGUUUAUGGAAAGCCAUUGAAUAUCACAUGUUUUUACAUUACGCCAGUUUUAUAGUGUUGAAAAAUGUAUUAACUGAAAUGGAAUACAAACAUUAUAUGUUGUAUUUUUGUGCAAUAAGAGCAUUUUCUUCGGAAAUUUACAAACAUUUUUGGCCAGAAGCGGACCGGCUUCUCAAACAGUUUGUUGUAGAGUAUGGUGUCAUUUACGGUGAACACCGUUUGACUAGCAAUGUACAUAGUUUGGUACAUGUUUUCGAAGAUGUGGACAAAUUUGGAGUUCUUAAAAAUAUGUCAUCUUAUCGUUUUGAAGGUACAUUAUUUCAUGUUAAAAAUUCACUUCGAAACGGUCAUCAGGUUUUGGUUCAGGCUGCAAAUAGAAUAUCGGAACAAUCUUCGAAAUCUCGAACGGCAAGAAAUAACUCAUACCCUUAUUUGGAACACGUAAAAAAAGGAGUAGUACUGCAUGUAAAUUAUAAUACCACAUUUUAUCCAACUUCUCAGGCAAAUUGGUUUCUAACAAAAGAUAAUUACAUUGUUCAAUAUUGUAGGGCAACAAAAGUAGGAUCUGUUAUUAACAUUUACGGGAAGGCAUUUGAUAAAAUAAUUAGUCCAGAUAAAUACUGUUCUUCGCCAUUGAUGGAAGACAUUUAUGAAGCUGAAGUGAACGAUCUUUCUACACAAGAGAUGGUAUUUUUGAUAGAAGAUAUAAAGUGUAAAUUAGUUGCAAUUAAAACUGAUGAUAGUAAUUAUGUAUUUGUACCUCUUAUAGACACAUUAAUGAAGUGAAAAUAAAUAAUAAAAUUUGACUUGACCUAAAAGGAUGUUUACCUUUACCUUUUAUAAGGUUGGCCGUUAUAUUGUUUAUAAGAAUUUAAAUGUAAUGUUUAAAUGUAAAUGUAUGUUAAUGUAAUGUAUGUUUUUUUGUAUAUUUGGUUUGAGUUCUUGGUUAAUUAUGAAUUGGUAAAGUGUUUUACAAUCUUUCAUUUCAUUUUCAAGAUAUUACGUUGGUGUUUCACCAUUUCAGGAUUUAGAAAUUGUUUUUCUAUCAGACGCAAGGACUGCUUCGAAGUUUAUUAAAGAAUAGAUAAAAGCUGUAAUAUAGUAUCAAUAGUACAUUACAAUAAAUAAAAAUGGAAAAGCAAUAUUUUUAUCAAUAAAUAAUAUGUAAUAUAUAAACGGCGAUGCGGUAACGGCAACUAUGAAUAGGUAGAGCAAUUUAAUUAAAUAAAUAUAUUUUUAUUUCUUCCUUCUAUGGCAGCUUGUUUUAACAUUUCCCUGCAUGUUUACUCUUGCCGGUGCAUGCGUCAGUUUUCUUUUUAAAUAUUCUUUAACAUAUUCUAUAUCUACUUCUAUUCCUACGUGGUUUGUGGCGAUAGACUUAAAUAAGCGCACUGUAUUUCGGUAUUUACUAAAAGCUAUUUUUUUUCCUGACGAUCCUUCCCAGCUACACCGUGCAAGAAAAUUCCUAUCAAACAACACGUCUAAAGCCUCAUGCAUCCUGUUGUUGGCAUCCUGGCUGCUGAUAUCUGCAUCUAUCCUUUGAGUAUAACUGCAAAAUGCAAAAUCAUCUUCAGCUAUUUUUGCUUCAAAAGCAUCAAACUGUUGUUCAUUUCCGAUUUUUUCCAUGGCUAAACUCUGCGCAUUUCUUCUUAUACCCUUCAUAGGAUUCAGUAUUGUGGACUGCUCAUUUAAAACCACCAAUAUCUGAGCGCUGCGUGCAUCAAUUUUCAUUAACAUCAUCCGACAAAGAGGGCAGCAGCUUCCAGAAUGCUCUGUUGAAGUAAUUGAAAGGACUGUUUGCUUUGCUCCUGCUGCAGUCUGGUGUUCAUCGUCGGUGAUCAUCAUUAUUGGCGACGAAGGCAGCACAGGUUCGUACACCGAAAACGUAGCAGAACUCGUUGACGGUUUCUGAUAACUUUUCCUGGUUAUAUUUUCAGGCAAAUUUAUCACAACACUACCAGUUGCUCGUUCAGUCUUUAUGUUCGAUGUACCGGUGCUUGUCGAUGGCUCUUGGUUUCCACCAUCAACUAUCUUGCCUGGCGGUCGGAUCUGGCUAGGAACACCGGUAAAAGAUUGCUCAGAUAUAGCAGUACUCGUUGAUGGUUUUUGAACAUUAACGCUGAUCAUUUUGGCUGGUGUACGGCUCACAACACAAACAGAUCCUCCAGCAGCCGCUAUCACCGAUGCAGAAGCACUGGUGGGUAAUUGUUGUCUUACAACAGUGGUCUUCAUACCACGCUGGUUCUUCGGAGCAUGAACUUCGGCAAACGAUCCAAUCGAUGGUACUGCAGAUCCCGUCAAUGCCUGUUGUCUACCGAUCUUCAUGCCUGAUUGCUGCGGUAGAGCAUCAGCAACCGGUACCAAUGAUGGCGCAGCAGUACUAGUUGACGGUUGCUGUCCAUGUUGCUGGCCUAACGGACGGAAUGGUACAGCAACACCAGGUAAUGUUGACCGAUGAUGAUUACCAUCACCGGCACUCGAGACCAGCGCUGACACUGCAUCCGUUACCUUCACCUGUUCAACAACACGAACUGGCAUUCUUUGUUGACUGAGCCGUGCGCGCUGACCGGCCACUGAAACCACAGAAGGCACUGCACUUGUUGUCGUGAGUUGUCCAACAACACGGACCGGCAAGCCGGGAGGACGAAUGGUACUAGGUACGGCAACCGAAAUCACCGUCGGCACUGCACUUGUCGUCGGAAGUUGUCCAACAAUACGGACCGGCAAGCCGGGAGGACGAAUGGCACGAGGAACGGCAACCGGAACCACCGAUAGCACUGCACUUGUCGUCGGAAGUUGUCCAACAACACGGACCGGCAAGCCGGGAGGACGAAUGGCACGAGGAACGGCAACCGGAACCACCGAUGGCACUGCAUUUGUCGUCGGAAGUUGUCCAACAACACGGACUGGCACAUCUGAAUGACGAAACGACUGCACACCCGCAAUGGCCGAAGGCAUCACUUGUAGAGGAAGUGGUACUUGAGACUCUUCCACAACUUCUUCCUCCAAACGAAGACACGUUAGUUUAUCUUGCGUCGACAUGGUGUAACUUUUGCAAAAUGUACGAAAUUGCACUAAUAUUUUCAAAUUUACACAAAAGACACUUUUAGACACUUUUUCACGAGGCACUGACACGAUGUAUUAACUUUGGAGUCUGAAGUUGAACUAAAAUUGUUUAGCAAAGUGUUAGCCCUUUUAUACUGCAUUUCGAGCAGACUUAUGAAUGAGUGGGAGGAGUUAAAGGACUUGUGGAAGAAGGAAUAGGAUAUGGUGUAAUGUCGAAUAUUGUGCCUGUUGCUUGUGCUACCGAAUGUCGCCAAGCUCACGUACCCGCGUUUUAUGUACCUUUUCUUGGUGUUUUCGAGUUACUCGCCACCAACAUGCAUAUCGGCUGGAACUUGGACCCAUGCUAAAUUGAAGCAAAGUUAAAGUAAGUCUGACCUAAGUCAGUCCGAGUAAGUCAGUAGCUAAAGUAAUAUAAAGACAGUAUGAUAAACUGGUUGGUAAUGUUAAUUUUUUCAUUUCAGCUAAUAUGCCGUGCGAAAAAGCAAAAUAAACAUUUAAUUUUAAUGUUUAUUAAGCCAAACCGACAUUAUUUUUUUCAUCUAAAACGUUUUUUAUGUGUUUUUUUUUCUCAUCGCGUUUAGGCGUCGUGUAUCAGAUCGCAACUGCUAAUAAUUUCGUCGUCUGAGGCGGACUGUUAUGGAGGUACCAAAUCUUCAGUGAUGAUGAAUGCGUUCACGAAUCUACGAGCCGGUGAUUGGCGGUAUCCAGAUCAUCGUCGUACUGUUAGCUUACCUAAGCUACCAAAAUUAGUGACAGUGUAAAAUUUGUGCUGUGAAGAUUACAGCUGGCUCUCACAACCGUCCGGAAGUCGCAGUAAUUUGGUAACAUAAAGAUCAUCACCACCGCACGAAGCGCAGCAAAUUGAAGCAAGCCCAAGCGGACAGCAACCACCUGCAGCAAACGUACGCCGAACGAAUGGACGUGGUAGACGCGUUAUGAUUCCAAGGCGAUAUUUGCGCUCUGAAAAUGCUAGCACAGAUGUUUGAGCCACAGAGGUGACGUUCCGAGAGUGUAAAAACUUGCCGGGCCCACAGUUUCAGAUAAGCCGUUCUCAUCAAUGCCAUAUCAUGUACGGUCGGUUAGUUACACUUCAUAACGAAGGACAAUCACAUCUGGUUAACGGAAUGCUGCCAAAACGAUGAAGCUGGCUUAGCCCUCGAUGACGACGCAACUCCUGCACGUUCGUCGUCAUACUAUCAUUUCAACUGGAGGCAUGUUUGUUUUAGGCGGCUACAACAUGUUGUUUGAACAUGUUGAAUAGAACAAACAUGUUGAUAAUGGUGAAUGCUGGAACUCCGUGAUACCCGUUUUCGUGCGCUGAAUAAGGUUUGUAUGAAAAAUAGUGUAUUUUUAGAAUAUUUUAUUUUUCAAUAAAGUAACGGUAAAUUUGAAA